CAACUCUGUGUUUUCUUUUUCUUUUCUUUCUUCCCCUCGCAUCCCUUCCUCAGCAUGGGCCGGGGGAGCCGGAUUAAGUUCGCUGUGUGUGAGGUGCUUCAGUUCUCCAGCUUCUGCGUUCCUCUCUUCAUCAUCAUGCAGCGCUUCGCCCUGAUCGUGUCUCGAGUGAAGGUGAAGAGCCGAUCGCACUACUCCUCCACCGCGUACUGGCUGAUCGUGGCCUCGUCCGUGGCCUACGUGACGUCCGUGGCCAUGCUGAUCUGGCUGCCCAUGAAGUACAUGGUGUUCAUGAAGAAGAGGGCGCUAGUUGCUCGGAAGAAGUGGAGACCUGUUGCGUUGGCCUAUGUGGUUCUCUCAACACUGCCCUGUUUCGCCUUCCUUAUAGCCAGCUCUGAGGUACAGAUUAGGAAUGAUCUGAGGUUGGACACGUUUGCUGAACUGCCCGUGUCUUUGGUGCUUCUCUCGCUGAUCUGCAUCGAUAUCGUGGAAAGAAUCCGAUACUGCCGACUGACUGGUCGAGCUAACGAACUGGCUCGAGAUGCCGACAUCCCUACCUUGCAGACACACAUUGGAAAAGUGACUCCGGUGGUCCCUCCUGCGACGGCUGGCAGUGCUGCCGCAGAUCAUAGUGCCGGGGCAGCGAACGGGGCUGUGCAAGGACCACCCGCCGGGGCGACUGCUCAGGGCACCCCGGGCAACGGGUCAGGCAGUGCAACCGCUCCAGGGUUGCCAAACAAUGGAGCAGUUCCAGCCCAUCUUGGCAACACAACCGGUCCAGGGUUGCCUGGGAAUGGAGCCACGUCUAGUGUACCGGGGAUCAACGGACAGCAGAUUGGCAGAACCGGGACUGGUCCAAAUUCUGGUGUACACUUCCAAACCAUUGCCUCUCCAUAUUCCGGACCGCUAAGCUUCCUACUGGCUAGCGACAGUCGUGCUGAAGUCUUCGCUGACAGCUUCUUGUUCUGGUUGGACACGGUCGAGAUGGCUCGGGUGGCAGGACACACUGCUGUGUAUUUUUCAGGCUGGGCAUUUCCAGUUUACCUCUUCUGCUUCCUCUCCACGAUGCGCUUGGUCCUAACACCUCACAGUCCCCUGCUCUCGCCUCUGGCCGUGCUCUUUCAGGACCUGCCCUUCCUCGUCUUGAGGUUGGCAUUGGUUGGCCUUUUUGGUUUUGUAACACCAGUACUGUAUGUGAUCAAGAAUAUGCUGGUCUGCCUGGCCUACAUUUACUUCAACUUCAUGACAAAACUCAAGAUCUUCAACACUGAGAGGAUGUUUUAAUGG